AUGCAAACAAGACGGCCCUACUAUGAAGACAAUCAUGAGGACCUCAUAUCUCUACGGAACGGGUUGAUGAUAUAUACGAAGAUAAUUCUUAUUACUGACGGUGAACCAACUGAAAUCUGUCUCCAUAGAGGUCCAGAUAUUCCAGACCCGAAACAAAUGGCCGAGACGAAGACGUUGUCGGUGGUGUUAAUGGAAUCAAUGUCAUCACGGUCUCUAGAUUUGUUCUGUGUUCCAGUUGGCGACGCAAAUAAGGACUUCUUGAACUUGUUGUUUUCAAAGGAAGGUGGUAGACGAUUUCUUAACUACAGGGAUGGUCAAUAUUUCUCGAGACGAUACUUUCUUACAGGGAAGGUGGAACCAUAUCGAAAUCUCUUUCUGGGCAUUAAAUAUGAGAUUCCACGCCAGGACCCGGAAUUGACAGCACGAGAUUUUGCUCACAUGCAAGAAAUAAUUGAUGACGCAACCACUAAAAACUUUGAAGAAAUGAAAAGAAAAGAAGAAAAUCCGUAUCAGGAAGCCAUUAACGAAAGACUUUUACCACUUGGUUCUCGUGUGAGGCGUGGUCCAGACUGGACCAGCGGGGUUGAGGACGACGAAGGACCGGGAACUGUUGUUGGGCAUAAUCUUUACCGGGAUAUGCUUUGGGUUCAUUGGGACAAGACGGAAGAGAUAAGACAGUACAGUUACGGUGAUAUGAAUUUGUAUGGCGUACUUCCGGUUGAUGAACCAAGAAUUCUGUUACCCGGACAACCAUUGGCAGUCGGAUGUAUUGUAACAACAGGUAAAGAUUGGAGAGACGAUGAAGCGCCAGAAGGAAGUAGAGGUGUAAUUAUAAAUAUGGGUUCUCGAAGUGGUACUAGAAAAGCAGUGGUUCGUUGGGAAAAUGGGAAAAGGACAGUAAGUUCAUACGGCGAUGACAAGAUUUACGAAAUCAUGCUAUGUUUAACAGACCAGAGUUUACCAGCACCAAUCACAAGCCCUCAAAUUCGCCCGGCACUUCAAUAUCGCCCGCAAAGACCAGCAGUACAAACUCAUCAACCGGCCAGACCGGCUAUUACAGCCGCUAGAAACAGUGAACCUACCAGGCUCAAUAAAAAUCAAACAAAAAAUAAAAAUAAAAACAGUAAUUGAUUAUCUUUGACAGAGAAAUAUGGUUUGAAACGUUGGUCAACGUUGGAUUGAAUCUAAUCAAGUUCAAUAGAUUGUUUUAAAGUUUAACAUGGUAGUGAAUCAUGAAGUUAUAAAUUAUUCAACUUUCCCACACCAUUAUUCCAAUUCAUAAUAGCGGAGGUGACUAGAGUCAAAUUUUGGGAAUGAGUGUGAACACAUUUUCAUGGAAGAUUCUUUACUUUUGUGUCCUGCAAUAGUUUGACAAUCUAUUGCGCUAAACGUUUUACUUAUUAGUCAUAUAUGGUUUGCUUCAUUUAUAGUUUAUAUCUAAACAAAAGGAGGACAAUCUAACAAUUUAGACGUAAAGGAGAGUAAAAAUGCAGUUGUAAAUUCAAAUAUGAUGUCAGAGGAGAUUUCCUUGAUUGACAUUUAUCUAAUGGACUGGCACUGUUGUGAAUUUGGGGUAGUCCAUUGUUGGUGUGAGAGGGUUUUGGCAAUAAAAAUGCUAAAACAAGCAGUUAUACGGUAUAGAGAAUGCCUUGAUUACAUGUAAAGUGAAAGUGAAACUAAGGCUCUAGGAGAGUGAUAUGGAAAAUAGAGCAUUCAAGGAGUUCAGAGUUAAGUAAACGCUAUUUUAGUAUAAUUCACUAAUUUUUGCAGGCUUGGUCGGGUAAAAGAUCACUACAAUUUUGAAGAUAAGUACAUGUCUUCCAUUAUCUGACAUCAUUUACGAAAUGAUUGAUACAUUAUCUGUUUGUAAACAUUAAAAUGUUUUAAGCGAAUAUGCAGAAGGUUGUGAAAAUUUAAUCACUGUGAUAUACUCGUAUUUGCGUGUUUCUUGUAAAAAAUAAGUUAUACAAUUGAAUUAUGAAAUCCAUUAACACACCGUCUAUGCUUUGCCCUUGCACCUUCUCCUGUUUUUGUUUCGAGACCUGCGGGGCUUCUUGCAGAUGCGUUCAUUGUGUGCCUCCCUUUCUUGUUGAUGUUUGUGUUCAAUGAAACAUUUUAUUUAUAAAGAUUUUUAUGUCUAUUAUGUUUGUAUGUUUCAAUUGAUAUAUAUUAUAUGAUUGCACUGAAUAAAGUCAAAGGUUGUACA